AUGACUGCUUCAAAUGUGGAGGUGCAUAACCAUGCUGCACAACCUCCCAUCCCAAAAUGGAUGAAGGUUCCUUUGACCAGCCUCAUGGAUGGCCAUUAUGGCCACCAUGUGGCUCCCAUCCCCCCUCCCGGGCCUCAAGGGCCCUCAUCUUCUUUUGGCCUCAUAGCAGUGCCCACCCCUCAAACCAGCGGGACACCUGGUCCUUCAUCAAUCCCAGAGGGAUACUCCUGGUUCACAGAGGCAAAUUGCUCCCCUCCUGCUGGGACCUGGAGGAACAUCCUCAUCCCAGGUACAUUCUUCCAGGGUGACUUCCAUUUUGGUGUCACCAUCAGUGGCCAAAACUGGCCAGUAACAGAGAGUCGGAACCGCUGCCAAAAGUGGUGGAACAACUGGGUUCACCUGUUCUUGAACUCAGUUGAAGGGUUCAAUGCUAUGCUGGAGGCUCACCAACUCCAUGGUCGGUUUUUUGACAUGAAGUCUGUGAAUGGACAAAAUGUGUCUGCCACUGAACUUGAUGGACGUUUUGGGGAUCAUCCCCAAAACUUUGAAAACACUAUCAAGGCAGGGAAGAAGUACCUUCUUUGCUGCCUUUGGAAACAUUACUGCUCAGAGGUGGCUCAAAUGAUGAAGGCAACUAGCACCACUGCAUACGUUGCAUGUAAGUGAACCUAGUUUCUGCCAUUUUGGUGUCAGGGUUCAGCACCCUGCCUUAGGGUGCCCCGGACUCCCCACCUACUUUACCCCCUUUUAUUCUUUGACUGUUGCCUUGUUGUUG